AUGUCUCUUUCAUACCAAUCAGCCAUCCGGUGCUGCGCCCGAGUAGCUAAAUCAUCCUCCACCCCCACCCUCCGCGCAUCAGCAACGCCUCUCUCCCGCCAACGGCGAUGGCAGUCGACAGCACCCAGCAACCCCAAGAUCGCAACCAUCGUUGACCAGAUCAGCCAAUUAACCCUCUUGGAGACGGCAGACCUUGUUUCAACCCUAAAGUCCCGCCUAAACAUCCCCGACAUGCCCAUGGGCGGCUUCGCCGCCGCCGCCGCCCCCGCUGCGCCUGCACCCGUAGAAGAGGAAGAAGCAGCGCCCGCCGCGCAGGAGAAGACGCUGUUCAACCUGAAGCUGCAGUCGUUCGACGCGGCCGCGAAACCCAAGGUGAUCAAGGAGGUCAAGAGCAUGUUGGGCUUGAGUCUGGUGGACAGCAAGAAGUUUGUGGAGAGCGCGCCGAAGAUGAUGAAGGAGGGUGUGCCGAAGGAGGAGGGGCAGAAGAUUGUGGAUACGUUGAAGGCGCUCGGGGCGGUUGUUGUGAUGGAGUAG